AUGGAUCUUACUCCGUCGGUGCGGCGCAAAACGGGCACAGUCACGUACGCUAAGCGCAAUCGCACACCCGCAAGCAGCACACCCUCAUCGCCAGCGGUCGCCGACAGAUCCUUCCCUGUCAAAAUCACUUCUACUUCCAGCACAUCGUCAGAUGACGAAGCCGGUCCAUCGAAUUCGCAGCUCAGGCAUAAAGAUGCUCGCGGUGGCUCGCCGUCAUCGCAGACCAUCAGAGCAAAGGAUCUCAGCCCGAAAGAUCGCAACGCGCUUCCUCCUACUUCGAACGACAGUGUCUCGCCGCUAGCUCGAUCUGGCUCUACCAAGGGAGGCGCUCGAUCCUCUGGCAAGACACUGUCCGCAGCCACUCCGACAGGUAGCACGUCGGCAUCCAGGGCAGCGUUGACCUCAAAGUCUGCCUCUGCAGCGACGCCGGGCUUGUUUCCCAAACCGGGUUCCUCUUCAGCAGACCUCAGUUCUACCAAGUCGCUGCCACAGCGACCGGCAAGGGCCACUUCUCCCACCGCUAGCAGGUCACAGCGCUUACCCUUGAAGAGGAGCGCAAGCACGUCGCCUCGAAAGCUUGCAUCGUCGGUGUCUCCCUCCAAAAGGCUCGCUCGUUCACGCACCCCCUCGCGUCCAGCGCAAGACCUCGCAAGCCUCUUUGACGCCAUCGAGCCUACGCUACCUCAGCCUCGCAACCCCUUCGCUCGCAGCGAGAGCCAGCCGAUCGUCCGUCUUCACCGUGAUGAUGCGGAUGUCUCGCCCGACGCAGAGCCCGUCUUUGCACCCAGUCCUCUCGCAUCCCCUACCCUGCCAGCAUUGGAAUUCGACCGUGCUGACGACCAGCUCGAGCGCAACGGCUCCGUCAGUCCUUCGAAAAGGCCAAGGAUGGCGGAUAGGAUGGGCGUCAGAGCUGCUCGACCCACCAGAUCCAAGGCGGAUGAGAUCGCAGAAGCCCUAACCAACUCUAGACGAGGAUCGUUGCGCAGGAUCGAAACGGCGCCGUCCGCACCGUCAGAGGCAGGCCACCCACCAGCUCUGCUCUCGGAUGCAGCUCAGCGUCUCAGAGAGGAGGGAUCCAGAAGCGCGCGUCGCUCCGAAGCUGGCUCCACUCUCGUCGACGACGCUUCGCAAGUUGACACCCAGUCUCAGGAUGGCGCUCGCUCGGCGUCCGGCGCUCGGCGACUCGCCGGCAUCAAGCAAGCUUCGUCUGGCAAUGCCAAGCGUACGUACGGACUGCAGCGCAGCUUUCUGGCAGACCAGACCGAGGACAACCUCCUCAACGAAGCUGCGGUGACAUCGAACUCCAACACAGAGUCUCGCAACAUCGAAGACGAGAUCGAAGCAGAACUCAAGGGAAAGGCUCCAAGCAACGGACACGGCACUGCAUCCAGCAAGGCAUCAGGGUCCAGCCUUGCGACUCCCAACGGGGCAGCAGACCCGGCACACGCAGCGCCACGCGAGAGCUAUGCCGAGCUGCUGAAAAAGUGGGGCGAGGGCGCCGACGACAUUGAGUGGGAUGAAUCACAAGAUCCUACGCUCAAUCUCAAGUCCAUCACGUCGCUCCGUUCUCAGGGCGAACUCCGACGAUUCAACGACGACCUCGAGUACCUCUUUUCCGGUCUCGACGCUUCUCAGAGCAUUUCGAUCCGUCGAAGCUCGGCUGUCGAAUUGAUCAACCUUCUUUGCGGCAAACCUGACCUUGGCAGUCUUGCAGAGCGGGAUGCAAGCGAUGUCGACGAGGACCCAAAUGACGACGUCGAAGACCCCCUCGCAAUGGCUCAAUCCGCCGACUUUCUCCGCAAGCUCAAGGCUUCCGAUUCGAUCGUACGUCUUUAUGAUCUCUUUCAAGGCGCAGAAGCGGGCGAGGGCGUCGACGACGUUUUGGACGCUGCCAUGGCCAUCUAUACGGCCAAGCUACUUCGAUCAGCCUCGACGGCGGAGCCUCUCAUCCGCGAGCGCAGGUCGCAGCUUUACUUUGUCCUGCGCAAUCUUCUGACAAGAUCAGAUCGAACCCCAUGCCAAGACAGAAAGGACGGUUUCGCCUUGCUGCGCUUGCACGAGCUCAAGCAGCUCAAGAUCGCCUCCAAAUCCGAUCGCAAGACGCUGACUGAGCUUCGGGAUAUUGCCCGCGUUUCGAAGCUUUUCGUCGCUGACUCGAAAAGCUGGACGGUGCGCAACCUGGUGCUGGCUGCUUGUUGCUCGCUCAUCAGCCUGCCUCGACGCCUUUUGACCGAGGUCGCAAUCGGUGAGCUGCUCGUCGAUGCGCAUAGUGCAGAGGAUGGCUCGGGCACUUCUCUCUUUAGCACAGUGCUCAGCAUUGUGACCUCAGAGGGCAUUAAAGCCAGACAGCGGCUGAGCGACUUUGCGAAAGGGCUUGAACUCAUUUCCUCGUCGGCUGUGGAAGUCAUUCCGGACCUCGAAACAGUCGAUGUCUGCAUUCGCUUCCUGGACAAAGGCAUGGACGCUCUCUAUCUCGAGCUGGACCAGGCCGUCCUGGAAUCCAGUGAGAUCUUGGACGCGUUGCAGCAGCUCGCCAGCUUUGCUAUUCAUGCGGCGCCGUUCGGCGCCUCACAAGCGACAGGAGAUCCGGAGCACCGCCGUGAACUUGGCACAGAUCGUCGCGCUCUGCAAGUCUUGCACGGACUCUUCAAGUCGUUGCUGGAUCUGAGCCAGGUCGAUGCAAAUUGGAGCGAAUCGUUGGCCUCCUCGCAGCCUGUCCAACAGGCGAUCAUGCGGGCAUUCUCUCUCAGCUUCCUCAGUGCCUUGCAAAUACGCAGCAGGGCCGAGCUCAGCAACGGACCCAGCCUUGGCAAAAGUCCACGGAAGCAAUCAAAGCACGCUGCCGCUGACGCCGUCGGCGAAGCUGGAAAGGUGGACGUCGCUUUGUUCGACGACGUCGUGCAUCUCUCGCUCGCGCUUCUCACCAAUCUCCUGAUCAAGCAGCUCGACAAAGCACGCGACGCGCUCCACUCUGUUCGUCUUGACCCCACUUGCUGGCGACGAAGAGCUUGCACUACGGAGUGCGUUUGCGACACUGGGUUGCCGGCGCUCCAGCUUCUCGCUCGCAUUUUCAUCGACACGCGUAUGGCAGCAGCCAGUCACGACGACAGCAAUGCAGCCUACCUCUCCAACUCGAUCGCCACCGCGAUUGCGCAAUUUGCGGUUGGAAGUGCUGCUCGCUUGGAGAUCUGUCGAGCUGCUCUUGACGCCGAGCUGCCUGCGUCAGAUUCCAGCGUGAAUAAGGAGGAUGGAUUCCAGACUUUGUUGGAUGCCGUGGAGGAGUUUGCAGUGGUUCACGAGGCGGCUUUGCAUGCAGAGAAAGCGCAGAUUGCGGAAGCGGAUUCAGGCGCAACGCUGGAUGCUGAAGUGAAGGUUGAAAACGGUGACGAUGUCGGCAGCAUGGAGGAGAACGCGGUCGAUACGCCUGCCGACAGCAGCAAUCUGGUUGCUGCCGAAGCUGGGCAGCUCAUCAAAGAUCUGGCCGUCUCGCUUCGGAACAUGGCUUAG